UAGGUAAAAAAACAAUCAAAAAAUUGGCAUGGAGGGAGGGAGUAUUAUAUUUGUAUCUAUCCAUUGGCUUCUGUAACUGAAAAAGGUGCAUGGUUUCUCCUUAAAUCAGAGCUGUGUCCUCAGUUCACUCGAACGACUCAUCUUCGCUUCCCCUUACUCUUCCCUCUCUCGCGUUAGCCUUCUGCCUUUCCAUCUUCGUUGCUGGGUUCUCCUCAAGAACGGAUAUGUCAACUAUAGGGACAAGAGCAUUUCAUUAUUUUCAGAAGCUAAAAGAUGCUAAUGUGCCCAUUGAUUUGAUAGAGAAGGGUCAAGAUCGAGUUAUUGAUGCUUCUUUGACACUAAUCCGGGAGAGGGCAAAGCUCAAGGGAGAGCUUGUGCGUGCUUUAGGAGGUGCUUUAGCAACAACAUCUCUGCUUGGAGUUCCUUUAGGACAUAACUCAUCAUUUCUUCAAGGGCCAGCAUUUGCUCCUCCUCGCAUUAGAGAGGCAAUCUGGGAUGGUAGCACAAACUCAACCACUGAAGAAGGGAAGGUACUUAGUGAUCCGCGAGUGCUAACUGAUGUAGGUGAUGUCCCUGUCCAAGAGAUCCGUGAUUGUGGUGUUGAUGAUGACAAAUUAAUGAAUGUAAUUAGCGAGUCUGUCAAGUUAGUAAUGGAAGAGGAUCCAUUGCGUCCGUUAGUUUUAGGUGGUGACCACUCAAUAUCUUUUCCAGUUGUGAGAGCUGUCUCUGAGAAGCUUGGUGGACCUGUGGAUGUACUUCAUUUAGAUGCCCAUCCUGACAUCUAUCAUGCCUUUGAAGGAAAUAAGUAUUCACAUGCAUCUUCUUUUGCUCGAAUAAUGGAGGGUGGUUAUGCUAGACGGCUUUUGCAGGUUGGUAUCAGAUCAAUAACAAGUGAAGGACGUGAGCAAGGAAAAAAAUUUGGAGUUGAGCAAUAUGAAAUGCGUACAUUUUCAAGAGACCGCAGUUUUUUGGAAAACCUGAAAUUAGGUGAAGGAGUGAAAGGUGUCUAUAUUUCAGUGGAUGUGGACUGUCUUGAUCCUGCCUUUGCACCAGGAGUAUCUCAUAUUGAACCAGGAGGUCUCUCUUUCCGUGAUGUUCUCAACAUCCUUCAUAAUCUCCAAGCUGAUGUUGUAGCUGCUGAUGUCGUAGAGUUCAAUCCACAACGAGAUACUGUUGACGGGAUGACUGCAAUGGUUGCUGCAAAGCUGGUAAGAGAAUUGGCCGCAAAGAUAUCAAAGAAUUGAUGUGCCAUUCCAUCAAGAUUUUAAGACAAUAUCAUCCUUGGUGCUCAUGGGGUUUGACUUUGACCCACACUAUGGAUUUCUUGUUCCUCUAGCUUUACUAAAGCAACCCAAUAAAUUGAACAUUUAUUUACCGGUUAGUAGUUUAAAAGACUACUUCCAGAGGCAUUUUAUCCUGCAUGCAUGAUUUCAUCUCAUGCCUUAAAACUAUGCAUCAAUAUUGAGUUUAAUUUUGUAUGAAUUUUUAUUUUCAAUACAUCUUCUCAUGGAUUUGAAUUGUUAAUUUAGUCGAAGGUCUGCUCCCCAUACAUGAAUGCGUGUUACAUAUUUGUUGUUUCUCUCCUUAAUAGAGGGUAAAUUUUGCUGAAAUAUAUGGAGUCACUUUAUGCUUAUAUUUAGCCGAGUCUUUAAUACACUUUUCUUCUGCUGUUGACAAAUAAGCAUUGUUCAUUGUUUUACCCCACUCUCACUACAUGAAGUUAGAAUCAGCAAUUCACAAGUCUGCAGCAACGUGGUUGACAAUACUGGACAUGACAAGAAGCUGGAGUCAUUGGGUAAAAUUAAAUAGUUUAGUUUAUG